ACUUCGCGUCAAAACGGCCGGCCUAUUUGGUAUAGAAGUGAAACGCAGAACGCUACGUUCAUAUUUAGUUUCGGUUCACCACGCGUCCGACGCGGUCGUAUUUAUCCGCCGGCUGAAACUCGCUCAUAACCGUCAAUAAAUGUACAAUAUUCAAUAUUUCUGAGACAAAAUGUGCAAAAUUAAGUGUUUGAUCGCAUUCCUCAUGCUAUCUAUCAAGUUAGUUUAUUCAUGGGAUAUCGCCAUAACAACAGGGGACCAACUAGAAUUUUACACUAAUCAAACUAAAACUAACAAUGAAGGCAUAAGAUUCAGAGAUCUGACGGCAUUGGCCUAUGACGCCGUACAUAAUAUGCUGUUGUUCGUCGACAAACAGAAUGACAACGCUUCGAUAUUUAGUUACAAUCUAAUCACGAAGAAAUAUCUGCCGUUAGUCGGCAGAAGAUCCUACGAGAACAUACAAGGCCUAACAUUUGACCCCGUCAGCGGAAAAAUGUUCUGGACCGACACCAACGAGAGAAGCAUUUACUGGGUUUCUCUGUGGCCGAGGUCAAAGGACAGUAUCUAUGGAAAUCUUUUAAUGAAGAUGAACGACGAAAUCCCAAGAGACAUUGCUGUUGAUAGUUGUAGAGGCUAUAUCUAUUGGACGAACACCAAUAUUACUAAAGCAACAAUAGAAAGAGCUCGCUUGGAUGGCAGUGAGAGGCGUGUUAUUGUUUCCACUGAUAUCCAUAUGCCGGUAAGCAUUGCAGUCGACCAGCGAACCAAGAGACUUUACUGGGCUGAUGAUAAAGAAGGAAUCCAUUACUCCAUAGAAUCGUCUGACUUAGAUGGCAAGGACAGGAGUACAAUAUACGCCGGAACUUACCACCAGCCGAACACGCUAACUGUCUCAAAGAAUGAUGUUUACUGGGUGGAUUGGGGAUACAAAUCAGUAUGGAGGAUAUCGAAAAAUGCAACUAAUACGGAACCCGAGGAACUGAUAAAGUUCUCCACCGAAGUCCCUUUUGGGAUUGUAGCUAACUAUCAAGUAGCUGAUCAAACAGAAGGAGUAUCGGGAUGCGAAGUUUUGGUUAAAUUGCAGAAAAAUCACAGCUCAGUGAACGAUUCCAUCAACAUUCCUAGAGAUGCCGGUCUAUUUUGUCUUCAUGGAGUCAAGACCGGGAUAUUUGAUUGUAAAUGUUCCCCGGGAUACAUCGGAGACAGGUGUGAAAUAUCUGUUUGUCAGAACUUCUGUUUGAACGGCGACUGCACCAGCAACAGUGAAGGAAAACCUCAAUGCAAGUGUCAAGCCGGUUUCACUGGACAAAGGUGUGAACUAAAUGUAUGCUAUGGAUAUUGUUUGAAUGACGGCGAGUGCUCGCUCAUACAAAACAAGCCAAGCUGUAAAUGUGCUAAUAACUUCGAGGGCGUCCGCUGUGAAACUCUCAAACCUGAGCCAAUUAAAACAACGGACACACCCUUUGUAGAACCCUGCAACUGUACCCAAGUGAACUCUUCAUCGUUACUGAUGUUAGGGUGCGUGUCUGGGUGGGAUACUGUACGUGAUCCAGUGCUGUUAGCGCUGGGAGUGCUGGCUGGACUGCUGGCACUCACCAGCGCCGUACUGGCAGCUAAUGUACUGUACCUUCGACGGAGGCCCAGAAUAAAGAAGCGUAUAAUAGUUAACAAGAGCGGCACUCCGCUGACGGCCCGACCAGACGCUUGUGAGAUAACCAUCGAGGACUGCUGCAAUAUGAACAUUUGUGAAACGCCAUGUUUCGAGCCUCGUAACUCCAUUCGGCCGACGCUAGUCGACGCUAAACCCGGCAAGGAAGAGAAAAGGAAUUUGAUAUCGAACAUGGAGCAGGAAGAUAUAUACUGAGACGUACUUAUGUACUGUUUGGUGAUGAGUCCAAAGGUUAAUUGUGAUAUUCGAUUUAGGGGCGCGGCAGCUAUUUUAACUUUUGUUAUAAUUUGUCGUAGGGUUGUUGCUCGUUGGUUAUUCGCGGUGUUGCCAUUGGAAAUAUCGGUAGUGUAUACACAGCCUUAGAACAAUCCUAAUAUAGUAGACUGUUAUUUGUUAAUAUUACAUUCAAAGACUAAAGUUCCCAUAGUUUUUUUUUUACUAAUAAUAAAAGUGUACACGAGUCCAAAACAUUAGAUUUAAGAUCUUUGUAAGUUUUCAAUAACUGCCUUUUCACUGAGACAUAUGAUUGAGUUACUUUUUCCUCGUUUCCAUUACAUUUUAUUUAAAGACAAUAAUAGCAAUUGAAUUGAUAAUUUUUUAUUUAUUUUGUGAACAGUUUAUUUCUAUAAUAAGCUCAAAAUUAUUUUAUUUCGUACUUAGUACAUUGAUUAAAAUUAAAUUUAUUAUUAAUAUUUUAUCUAAUUUAUAUACUUUUAAUUUUUUUCGUGCCAAAUAUAAUUUAAUUGGCUCUGAAAUCAUGACUACGGUUGUACUAAAUGAUUCUUAAUUUUUUUAGAAGCAUUUAUAUAUUAUAAGAAUAAACUAGAAAAAAAAAUCAUGUAUAAAACGUAAUUAAAUAUAAGAAUUUGAAAAUUGAAGAAUUAUUUUCACAUAUUGUAUUUUUUUAUCUUAGACAACGGCUUUAAAAUUUUAAUACAGAGGAACUAUAGAUAAAAAAUAUGAAAGUAUGAAAUAUGUUUUCCUAACUACAUAAUUUACCAACUAAUUUUACUUACUAGAAUCAUUUAAAAAUCUUAUUUAUACAGCCCACAAUUUAAUACGUAAAUUCAUUAGUUUUCUGAACAUGAACUACCGAAUACUUCGGACACCUAAUAAUAUUAAAGCGGAUGAUUAAUAUGUUUUUGGGGUCUUCUAUUGGUUAUCUCCGUCACACAUCAAAUAACAAAUAAAAAUCAUUUCUAAUACUUUUCGAAAUCAUUAUAAUUGUCUUUCCAACAGUUCCUGAACUUCGACAAUAAAACAGCACCAGUAAUAUUGUUUUUAAAAUGAGGUAAAUAGCUCAAAAAUACUACUUUCAGUUUGUUUAACAAGCUAUUUAUGUUUUAAUUCUUCAUGAAAGUCUUUAAAACUUCUUGAUAAUCUGAUUUCUAAUAACGCCAAUAGAAGACCUAUUAUAUUUUAUCUUUUAUUACAAAUACUACUUUAAUAACUUAAGUUACCGUUCCUAUAAUUAUUUUUUAGAGUAAUUUAAGUUUCUUUCAAUUCAUGUCGUUUAAGCGAUUGUUUCCAAACGACACCUGUCACUAGUUUUGACACUUGACAGUAACCAACUAUUGGGUGGAAGCGUGUAAGUCGUAAUUUGUCAUUUAUUGAUAUGAAGAGGAUUACGACGUGAACAACCUCGUCCGCGAAAACUGUCUGAAAUUUAUUUACUGCCCGCAUACAUAUUUAGUUAAGUACUUUGUGUAUUUUAAAAUUAAAAUGUUCGGGGUCUGUCCGUCGAGUACCAUCAUUAAUAAUAAGAAUCUCGUUGUACUUAUAUUAUUUCUAUGUAUUUAUAUAUAUAUAUUCUCUAUAACAUAACAUUUUCAAAAAUAUAAUAUUCCAUGUUUUUAUUGUUAAUGAUGAUUAUUUCGGGUUCAGUACAUGUGGUACUUAGUUAGGCAAUAUUAGAAUAGACUAUUUAGUACUAGAUUAGGUCGUGGAUUGAUAAUAUCCACAUGAGAAAUGUGAUAUUAUUGAGUCUUUGUAUGAGCCUCUUAGUGAGAAACUUUUAUAAAAAUAAAGUGCUUUGUGAAUAA